AGAUAACUCUAAGAAAAAUCAAUUCCAAUAUGGCGGCACACGUAAACAUGUGCUCAAAUGCAUGAGAAAUACAAAAUUUAGUUUCUUUCCAGAAGACCUACCUAAAGUCUCAAAAUGCCUAUUAGAUAUGUUGGCCGGGAAAGCUAUUUCCGUGGAAAGACUCUCUUCGAGAUUGCAGCAAACUUGAGAAAUUGUGGCGAGGGCCGAGUUGUGACAAGAUUCAAGUUCGCGGAACGCUACGAAGAAAAAAGCUAUUAUCGACUAACCCAGGUUGUUCCUGACCUCUCGGACAAGAGUACUCGCAGUGGGAAGGCGUGGGGGACGAAGGUGUUCAGGGGAGAGAACCUAGGUGUACGGCAGAUAAAUGCUGGUAUGAAGGCAGACUGGAGACUCAUUCCCAAAGAGGAAGAGAGUACCUAUUGCCAGGAACUGUCUGAGCCUCGGCCCAGGAAUGUAGUACCCAAAUAUGCAGAUAUUCCUCCAUUGCUGGGUCUCCUCGCGAAGCAGGAGAUGUCUGCGAGAGGUGAGGACACGUCACAACCUCUGAAGGUGAAGUUGAACAUUAAACAGGAUUUCAUGAACAGGGCGAUACAGGAAGAUACAUGAAUCUGCCAUCGACGUGUGUUGUGCAUGGGUGUCUACAGGUGUGUGCAAGUUCCUGCUACAGCAAAUUCAUGGAUGAAAGUAUCAGUGCUUUACUUACAGUUCAACCAAAUGAUCAUUUUGAGGUGCUGUGUGACGACCGAAAUUUUCACAAUCAGGAAUAACUAUGUUUUAGUAAA